CGGCACUUGAUUGUCGCUGGUCUCGUAAUUCUCGCCCUAUAUCUUGUCCAUAACACCGUACAAGAUGCAGUGAAGUUCCGUGCUGAGGCUGAGCAGCGUCUCCACACCGCCCACACCAAGCCUGCACCAGGGGAGCUCGGCGGCGAGAUGCCCAAGGACCAGCCGGCGCCAGCAACAGGCCGCAAACUCGGCUUCGAGCACAUCUACAUCCGCAAAAAGACAAUGGCCCGGCUAAUGCGCUACAUGGACAUUGAUUUUGAGUUCUUCCGCGCAACAAACAAGACCGAAAUCGACCACCCGGAGCGGCGGGUUUUUGGCCCUGGUGACGAAAAGUGGCCGCAGGUGCCGCCACAGCACCACAUCCGGUCGUUGGAGCUGGCGUGCAUGCGCAGUCAUAUGAAUGCCCUGAACGAUGCCGUCAUCCACAACUACAAGACUGCGCUAUUGCUUGAAGACGACAUUGACAUGGAAUCCGAUAUUAAGCAGCGCCUGGGCGAGCUGCUGCCAGCCAUGCCUGGCAAGUGGGAUGUGCUGUAUAUUGGCCAUUGCACAAGGGAGGCGUUUGACAAGACCGAGUAUCAUCCGCAUUUGUUCCGUGCCCGCCGGCCGUCGUGUACUCACGCAUAUGCAGUCACCUUUGAGGGUGCAAAGCGUCUGCUGACGCUGCUCCAAGAGCAGUGGCCGAACCCCAAAGGCCCGUACGAUGUUACGCUGAUUGAUCUUAUCAGGGGGAAGAAAAUCGAGGCACUCAGUGUCGAACCACCCUAUAUCAUUCAGGUCCGCGAUAAUGUCGCCCCAGGUGAUGUCGCACCUGACACGAAGAUCCCGAAGCAGUGGCUCGACCACUCAGCACUAUACGAGCUUGGACUGCGCCCGUACGUUUACGAGCUCGAUUAAAAAUAGCACCCUCUGCCCCGCCGCUCGUAUUCCCAUCCCAGAGCGGAAACCCCAAUGACUGAGUCACGCCAUUACAAAUCACAAAUCUCCAGCAGCUUGUAGAGGCCGGGUUUGUUGCUAAAGGAAAGGAGCUUUAGUUGCCAUAUUUGUCUUAAAGAGUAUUUAUUGUUAAUAUUAUCUUCCACCGAUCCU